UGGCUGCCAUCCUCCUCGUCAUCCUCGUAGACCACCGAUCUCGCUGCCAGAUAGCCCAUCAUGGCAUCCUCGCUGAUAUGGAAGAGGUCAGCGGUAGCAUCGGGCUCGCACAAUGUCCACCAUAUCGCACCAGCAGCUUCGUCACUGUCAUCGCCGGCGGCGGCGGCCUCCUCCUCCUCCUCUUUUUCCAGAGGAGCGCCGCUUUCGACGGAACUUGGCAGCAGAUCGUAAGCUGGAGUAUGUCACUCGCAAAGUACUACGCACAGCUGGCCUCGACUUUGGCGGAGCAGAGAGGAAGCACCAAGAAUAUCAAAAGCAAGUCCAAGAUGGGAAUGCUGGGGCAACCCCUCGACGUCCAGACGAGUCGCUGCUCGGGUGGCAGAAGGGGCGCAGGGGAUACAUUGGUGCCAACAGAGCUCGAAGACGCGGCAACGCCUCAGCAGCAUCCAACUCUCGCCUAGGUGACCGAAGGCAGCUCCAUACGAGUCGGCAGUCCCCCGCCACCGCCUUCUCACACCAGUCGACCUCGCGGGCAGAGACACGCCCGCCGCCGGCCUUUCGCAAGUCGAGACAGCAGAAAUCAGCCCGCACCGACCUUGCCCCUUCUGAGAAGCGGAGCUAUCGAGGGCAGUGGAUUCUUCGGAAAGACAUCCUGCCAGGUGAUUUCGUAGAACUGCGUCUCCCCUUCUCAGAGGUCGUUCGAGGAAUUGCCCUCCCGUUCGUCGAUGAGGUGGAGAAGACUGCAAUGCAGAACCUGGAGGCAGCAGUUGAAGAGACAGACACAUCGAAAGGUAGCACAACUGAGAGCUGGGGCACAUCUGCAGGAACCCUCUUCAUCCUCGAUUCUCGGGGGCACAUCACUCCUCAGCGAGAGAGUGAUGUCGCACUGCACAUACCCAACUUCUGCCGCCAGGAUGAUGGCCGCCUAUUGAAUGUCGCCCGACCUACGCUACAGGAGAUUCAACUACCCGAAGAGCCACUGCUACUCGAUGCAAAUGGACUGGGGUUGCCUGGUAUGGGACAGACCACCGGUCUCGACAACGUGAGCGAGGAUGGAAUGUGGUCUCCCUUUCCGCCUUUUCAAGAGGCCUCAAAAGCAGAGACUCGGCGGGGAGAAGCCAGGGCAAGAUUGGCUUCCAUUCUGCGUGAUUUCCUACGAGAGACAGAGCACAAGUAUGAUAAUAUCAGGAAAGGCCUGUAUGCUCUCAUCAGCAACAAGCAAUGGCUGGAGAGCAAGGAAGAGGUGUCCACCUUAAGCGUCGCUCAACAGUUAGAUGAGAGCGCGGUAUCACAAAGGGGUCAGGAGGUGUCUUGGCCCAGCUUACUUGCUACGCACGAUCUGCUCUUGGAGAACUUCAAGAUCUUCCUGGCAAGCCGGGAAGACAUGCGUUCCACCGCUAUCUUCAAGAUCAGGUCUCGCCGCGCGAGAGAUGACCUUGAACGCGUGGAGCGGUGGAUCGAGGAGGACAUCAAGUCGAACAAGGGUCCAGUCGCAUCCUUCCUCGCAAAAGUCAUCGGUCACUUGCAAGUGGUGAGGCAGACGCAGGGCACGUCCGAAGCGGCAGCCACUCGCCUUGCAUGGUCAGCAGACGAUGUCAGAAUCAUCUCUGUGCUCCUCGAUGGUAUCAGCAUAGCGCGACUCAAUCAAGGAGAUUUGUACUCUAUAGUCUUAUCGCACAUUCUCAAAAAGUGCGAGUAUAUCCCUUGGGAGCAGCCUGGGUCCUUUCGCAACUCGGCCAACCCCACCAUAGAAGAUUUCUCGUCAUCUUCCCUUCCUCUCCAUCAGCUUACUGUGCAAUUACUGGAAGAUCUUGCUAUCUAUCCCAAGGAUAGUGUGGACUGGAGUUUGGGAGAUGAUCGAAGCAAGGAUAUCUUGGAGAAGGUCUUGGAGCUGGAAACGUCUCACACGGGCAAUCAAACAAAUGUCACACACGCUCGACAGGACACGUCUGCAGACCUGGCAACUGUCGAUUACGACGAGUCGCUCAGGAAGGACUUCCACGCCAAUGUCUACGUGAUUGAUGAGGCCUCUGCCUACGAGCUUGACGACGGUAUCUCUAUCGAGCCUGCAAAGGAAGAGGGCAAGUACUGGAUCCGAGCUCACAUUGCUGAUCCCACCUCUCAGCUGCUGCCGAACGAUGACGCUGCCUCCCGGGCAAAGAAGCAAGGGGCGACCAUCUACGCUCCUCUGGGCUGUGUACCGAUGUUUCCUGACUCAAUGCCUGGUAUAGCUACCAAGUCUGGCGCAGAUGGAAGUCGUGCUUUAACUUUCAGCGCCCUCGUCAAUGCCCAGGGUCUGAUAGAGGAGUACGACGUGGGGCCGAGUCUACUGCGCAAUACCCACGUGAUCACCUACUCCAAAGUCAACGAGAUCCUACAAGACCCCAGCGUAGCUCCAAGUGCGAAAGUGGCAGAGGAGCUUCGCAUACUUCACGACUACGCCGGCCGCUUGUACAAGAUGAGGAUUCGCAACGGUGGUUUCCUGGCUGGGAAUGACGGGGUCAAUGUCGUCAUGCCGCCACCCGAGGAGCUGCCAAACAUGAUUGUCCCGUCCCCCUUCACCCUCGUGGAUCCGAAUCUGCAGCGAGUCUUCAAUGGCGGGAGGGUCGAGGUGGAUACGAGCAGAAUGAGACCCCUCUCGCAGAUGCCACUGGGCCUGGCUUUGAGCUCAUUCAAGGUCGAGGCAAAGCCUUCGAGUAUGCUGGUAGCGAGCAUCAUGAGUAUGGCCAAUCGAGUCGCGGCCGCCUUCGUGGGCAAAGAGGGUCCUUCCAAGAGCGGCUCACGCCUGCUCCUCCCUCUGCGAGGUCAGUCUUUCCCUGCCAGUCGAGCGAAAGCGUGGCUGAGUGCCAUCGAUCGCAUGAAGGACGAGUACGGCAACAUCUCCUACCGCCGUAUUCUGCGAGCUAAUAUCGACAUUGCCGGUGCUACCGAAUCCACCGUCCCGGUCUCGCACAUCUCCCUGGGUAUCACGGGCACUGAAGAUCGCGAGAAGCUCAGAGGGACAGAGCAGGAGGCUUUCCUAGACGCAGCAGACGGGUGGGGCUACACUCGCGCCACAAGUCCCCUGAGAAGGUACUCUGACCUUGUCGCGCACUGGCAGAUCAAGUCGAUUCUGCACAGAAGAGCCUCUUCUGCUGCCUCGCCGAGCCAACAGCGCCAUCAGGGAAUCUCUGAGAGCGAGAUGCUAGAUCUGGUGCCUCGGAUUGCGCGCCAGAAUGCAGCGCUCAAGGCCUUUGACAAGUUCACUAGGAAGCACUGGACCCUUCGCGCCAUGCGCUUAGCAUGGGAGAGUGCUCUCACCUCUCGUUCUUCUGGCACUCCUCUACCCGCUCCAGCACCAGGCUGCAUCUCCCCCACCCUACUCCUCCAGCCUCAAAAGGCGUGGAUUGCAGACGGGGAGAUUCGCUUUGACCCGCAGACCCGACUGACUUUCGUGCGCGUACAGCUCGACGCGUUUGGAAUCUUUGCGGAUUGUAUUUGGCCUCAUAUGGAGGAGAAGAUGCGACCUGUUGUUGGUGCAGAGGUGGAAGUAGUUUUUGGAGAGAUCAAGGAACACAUGCACGGAGGGGCCGUGAGGGUGUCGCUGGUGUAA